AUGCCGGAGAGCAACAAAAACUUCCUGGAUCACGUCCAGCGACACAUCAGGGCGGGCGGGCUCGAACAAGUGUCAGCUUUGGCGUUGGUUGAGAAGUUGCAAUCUCGCUCAGACCGCGAGAAGGAAAAGGCAAAGAGCGGAUUAGGGCACACCUGGCCAGCGCUCAAGAACAUGCGCAUCAACCGGGAGGCCGCGGCGGCUGCGGACCGCGUCCGCAAGCGGCUGAGGUCAGAAGUCCUCUACUUUGGCAGCUCGGGGCUUCAUGGGAACAUCCAGACCCUGGUGAGCUGGGGCCGGGACCUGAUAUUCUUCAACACCGACAUCCGCGACCCUCGAGUCAGCUGGCUGGUCACGGCAGCCUGGGCGCCGAAGAUUAGGAGCCUCGGGAUCAAAAUCACGCCUCAAUCCGGAGACAAGGCAGAGCCAGACGCUCUCGUCAAGGCCCUCAGACACCUGCCGAAUCUGCGCGAGGUAUAG